GUUGUUAUUCUUUAUGAUUUCAAAUGGUACUUUCUUCUGAAUGAUGGAAAGGGAGAAUGAAAGGGCAAAGCUUGGCCUCCAGCCUGUUAACUAUCAUGGAAAAUGGCCUUUGAAGCGUGCCUCUGUGUUUCAGGAACCUUUAUCUGCAGCUCUCUCUGCGCUUACUCUUGUUGUGCAAUUUAAUGGGUGGCUAUCAUUUUUCCUCUUGCUUUAUUAUAAACUUCCUCUGCGGCUAGAAACUCACAAGACAUACUAUGAAUACACUGGCUUGUGGCACAUCUAUGGGCUCCUUGCCAUGAAUUCAUGGUUCUGGAGUGCCAUAUAUCACAGUUGUGACACAAUUUGGACAGAAAAGCUAUAUUUUUCAUCAGAUGCUGCCUUUCUAGGGUAUUCCCUCAUUUUGACGAUACUGCGGACUUCAAGUUUAAGAGACGAAGCAUCUAGAGUUAUGGUUGUCGCUCCUAUUCUAGCAUUUGUGACAACCCACAUUAUGUACCUCAACUUCUACGAACUUGACAAAGGCCGGAGGAAGGAUCUCAAUAUUCUCAAACAAGCAUUUAUAAGCUACCAGCUCCUGGCUUCAGCAUCAACCAUGCACAUAUCUCUGUCCGCAGAAUUUGACUACUCGGUUGGGCCAACAAUUGCAAUGAUGCAGCUCCUCAAGGGCAUCAACAGCUACAGGUCCUCGCUCAAGGUCCCGGCGCUGUCCGAGAAUAAGAACACGGUGUGCCUGGCCGAGCAGCUCGCGAGGCAGUUCAAGGGGCACGAGUGCACCAACACGUUUUUGGAUGCAACUAUAUUUGCAUUCUGGGCGAAGACAUCAGUGGAUAUUGAACCAAAGAGAAUUAGGCUGAAGUCAAGCAGUUAUACUUCAAAUACUAUGCUUGACACUGUGACAGCAGCAACAGUGCAGGUUGUAACAUUGCUCUAUGGCUCUAAACAUGCUACGAAAAGGAGACUUGAUAUGCUAGAAAAGAAGGCUCUAGAGUGCAGCGAGCCCACUGUUCCAUCCAGCAAGCAGGUGUUCGAUGAAAUGCCUGCCCGAGCCUGGCAAGUUUUUGAAAUGGCAAGCUAA